GCCGCCAAACAUCUCGCGCACGCGCUUUGCACAGUAUCUAGGCGUCAAGGCCAGAUGUGUUUGAUCACAACAGGACCAAGCAAACAGGCAACUGGAAAAUGAGCAUUAUUUACUCCUAAGAACUUCUGCAUUGUAUUUUCAAUCUUGAAUUACAUUGCAAAGGACCGCAGACAUGAAUCUUGAAAUACCAAGUGGUUUGUCAGAUUUGCUGCAGGAUUUUACGGUGCAUGUAUUACGCGAGAAACCCGAGGACAUCGUUGACUUCGCUGCAAAUUACUUCAUGAAACUCAAGCUGAAAGAAAAACGCAGUCAAAAGGGGAAGAAAAAGAAUAAGGAGAAGGGUGUUAGUUUUGGGCCUCCUGGUAAUGAUGAAGACGAUACAUAUAACGAAGAUGAAGAUGACGAAAUGCCAGAGCCUCCGAAAAACCGCUACGCGCGCCGGCAGUCGGUGUGUGCAGAGCCGUUUCAUCCGGAUUCGGAAGACGAGGGCGACGAACAGCCGAUUGUGUACCCUAAAACAGAUGAGCAAAGGCAAAGACUCAACGAUGCUAUCAAGAAUAUCCUACUUUUCAAGAAUUUAGCAAAGGAGCAACUAAAUGAAGUCUUAGAUGCCAUGUUUGAAAGAAAAACACAGGCAGGAGAUCAUAUUAUUGACCAAGGCGAUGAUGGCGACAACUUUUACGUCAUUGAUAGAGGGCAGUAUGAUAUAUAUGUAAGGAUUGAUGGUCAAGAGAAAAUGGUUGGCAGCUAUGACAACAAAGGCAGCUUUGGAGAACUGGCACUUAUGUACAAUACACCAAGAGCUGCUACUAUAGUAUCAACUUCGGAAGGAGUUAUCUGGGGCUUGGAUCGAAUGACAUUUAGGAGAAUAUUACUGAAAGCUGCUGCAAAGAAGAGAAAAGUGCACGAGGCUCUCUUGGAAACUGUGCCCCUUUUGCAAGAAAUCACAGAAUAUGAAAGGAUGAACCUAGCAGAUGCACUUGUUUCCAGACAGUUUAAAGAUGGGGAGUGUAUUAUAAAGCAGGGUGAUGAAGCUGAUUUUAUGUACUUUGUUGAGAGUGGUACAGUGUCCAUAAGGAUGCAUAACAAGAGUGACCCUACCACCGAAGUUGAGAUAGCUCAGUGUACUAAGGGUGGAUAUUUUGGUGAACUUGCACUCAUCACUCACAACACUCGUGCUGCAUCAGUGUAUUCUGUUGGGGAUUGUGUAUGUGCAAGUCUUGAUGUUCAUGCAUUUGAACGACUGCUGGGCCCUUGUAUGGAUAUCAUGAAGAGAAAUAUUGAUGGAUAUGAAGAACAACUGCAGAAAUUGGGAGUGGAGCAUACAGAAUUAAGAUAAAUGUGGAUAUUUCAUUCUGCCCAAAUGUACAUUUUCUAGGGAUAUGGCUCCUAAGCCAACCUAGUUUUAAUCCACCCUUAAAGAAUGAUUUUUAAGAGCCUUAUUUUAAUUUACGAAGUAUCGAGAAAGAGAUCAAGAACUGACCCAGUCAAUGAGGUUAGAUAAUAUCACUGUCAUGAUGGUCCUUUUUCUGUUAUGAUUUUUAGGUAUUUAUGACCAAGUGACGGUGUACAACUUGUGAUUAAAACAAAUUGUCAAAAUUAGAUGUUAAAAAUUAUUGUUACAUCCUUACAUAUAAAUUGUUCAUUGGAAAGUUAUCAGUUCUUUGACAUACUCCUAAAAAGUUAGCUGUAAACCUAUGGCUUCUUCUGUAAAUAAAGAGAUGUAUUUAUU